AUGCCUCUCACUCUCAAGACGAAGCAGAGCCGUCGGUUUCGACCAAGUGCAACCGAGUCAUUUGUGAUUGUAAAGCCUCCUCCAACAGUCUCACAGCAUCAUCCGCUCAAUCUCCAGAUCCAAUACAUCCCGCCUGGAGCGGAAGGCCAACGCCGAAAGGCAAGCUCAUCAUCAGACUCGGAGUCAUCUAGUAGCAAAUCUUCGAGUCGAAAUGGACGUAUUGUUCCUCUUUACAACUUGCACACCCACUCGCAUGGCCUCCUUGCAAAUGUAAUCUGUGACGCUGGAACGGAUGACAAGAUUGCCAAGUUUCAUAAGCAUGGUAUCGAAAUCGUCUCUGUUGGUGUGUUCGCUCCAGUGGAAACUUGGAGUAGCGGGUCGUCAUUAGCCGCCGAGGAUCUGCCCUCUGCCACUCGAAAUUCCAGCUUCAUUGACGUACCCUCGCUCCUAACGGAUAAUACCAGCGAAUCCAUACCAUCACCACAGGCCACGAGACGGUUCCUGGGCAAGCUGUUCAGCAAGCAACAGCAGCAACAGCAGACUACUGCCCCCGAACCCCCGCCGACACCAACCUCGCCCGACUAUCAUCCUCAAUUUGCGCUUGCUCCCGUGCUUGGCACGGUCCCGACGCUCCUUUCUCGGACGUUGCCACCCGUGGGCCGAGCCAUCUCGCAUACCUGGUUGUGCAAGAAAUGGUGCAAAGAGGGAGAUGAGAAUUGGCUCACACAAGCACUCAAUAUUACGAGCCAAGAUAGAUGUGGGGUAGAUAUUCGCAUCGAAUGGGCGAGAGCGACCAACAAACGCGACGGCGGUCCAUCGAGGCAGGCCUCGUUGGCCAACCUACAGGCAGAGGACCUCGAAGUUCCCCCAGUGCCUUCCGUCCAGUCCUCGAGCACAGAGGAACUGCGAGGCCGAUCUAGUUUCAACUUGGCUAUUCCGCCGUCGCCACUCUUUGGGCGACGCAAAGGAUCGAGUGGGAGCGCUUCCAUGACGAGAAUGUCUGGAAUGUCCGAUCUAGAAGACGAUUCUGAUCCAGAGGACUCUGAAGUUCCCUGGGUUUGCACCGUCGUGAUUCGACCAGGCAAAACGUCUGGCUCGACCUCUCCAUCAGCACCGCUACCGCCCACAGCAACUCGAGCAAAGUCUCGAGGUACACCUCUCCGUUUCAAAGUAGCGUCGCUCGCACCUGCACCCCAUCAUCCAAAAGUCGUUGCACAGCUCAAGAUGCAAUACCCUCUUCCCGAUGUCGACUUGCUCGACGCAGUCAUCCUCCCUCGAGAGGGUCUGCCAGGCGCGCCGGAAACGCAGCCUGUUGGGAAGCAUAUUCUCACCGCCGAGGAGAUCAAGGACAUUGUGUGCUCGACCGUGCUCUGGGUCGUCGUCCGAGAGGGCUUUAGCGGCCUCUCCAAAAAGACGAAACCGCGCCAUUCUUGA